AUGUCUUCCUACGAUGCAGCAGAUCAGCUCGAAAAGUCGGCUGCCACUGAAGGUCAAGCGCAACGCAUAGAACGCGUCCACACAAGGGGCGGGCACGAAGACGACCGAACGCAGCCGUCUCUUCCAGUGGUGCAUCGAUCGUUUGCCAACCCAGCGCCAUUGGGAUUGCUCUCUUUUGCGACCGGUAUAUUCUUGAUCUCGGCCUACGGUGUCCAUGUGCGAAACAUUUACACCCCGAAUGUCCUCGUUGCUAUGAUCAUAUUUUUCGGAGGGAUAUGCCAGUACAUCUCGGGAAUAAUGGAAUUCAUUUCUGGCAACACCUUCGGAGCUACGGUCUUCUCCUCUUAUGGAGCUUUCAACAUAUCCUACGCGAUGAUCUACCUUCCAGGCAGCGGCAUUCUCGCAGCGUACACCGACAAAGCCACAGGCGAACUCAGCCCUGAGUUCAAUCAAGCUCUGGCCAUGUUUGUCUGGGCUUGGUUUAUCCUGACGGUGAUCUACACAGGUGCCGCUUGUCGUGCGUCGUGGGUGCUGUUCUUGGAUCUCGCAUUCCUCGACCUAGACCUGCUACUGUUGGCCUGUGGUUAUAUGUACAAUAACCAGUCUCUGCUUGUUGCCGGCAAUUCUGUCGGUUUUGUCGUGGCUGUCUUGAGCUAUUGGGCGGGCAUUGCAGGCCUAUACGGAGGCGGCGUGACCCCAUUCAACGUUCCUACAUUCCCAAUGCCAUGGGCGGAGAAGAACUGA